ACUGUGCCUCGCGCUCGGUGUGGAGAGCUGCUUCUGGAGAAGAGAAGGAAAGAAAAGAACCCGAAAAAUAAAGAAAGAAACAACUAAAACUGGCUCAGAAAUAACCCCCCCUGCUCUCUGGAUCUGACCCAAAUUCCACCUCAUGCGAGAAAGUGGUCGCUAGCAGCAGCGAUGGGCGCGUUUGGAGUCAUCCUGGGGAGUUUGCACUACAUGGGACUCUACAUCCAACUCAGCGGCCAAGCCGACGUGGAUAACCGCAUCUCCAGCAACGCUUUCUUCACAGAGGUCCCUCAUGACAUUACAGCACAGAGCGGACAAGACGUGGAGAUGGCCUGCUCUUUUCGGGGGGCGGGGUCGCCCUCCUAUUCGCUGGAGAUCCAGUGGUGGUACAUCAGGAACCACAAAGAAUGGACAGACAAACAGACAUGGACCACCAAUCAGGUGGUGCCUCAAGAUGAACUGUCGAAGGAUGCUACAAAAAUAAGUGUGGUGAAGGUCGCCGGUAGCAACAUCUCGCACAAGCUGCGCCUGUCCAGCGUGAAGCCGUCGGAUGAGGGGACGUACGAGUGCCGCGUCAUCGACUUCAGCGACAGCAAGCUGCGGCACCACCGCGUACGCGCCUAUCUGCAGGUGGAGCAGGCUGGAGGGAAGCCCACCCCUCCACACCACCAGGGGGCAGCGGCGGCCAGCCCGGCCCAGGAGCCCCACAAACACCAGCCGGCCCACGGCCACCACAACCCCGGCAGGGAGCUGAGGAAGCGGUCAGCCGACGACAGCACCUCCGACUGCACAGAGAGCUGCGUGCUUUAGGGCCUAACACUCUUUCAGUUCAGGGGUCUUCAGCUGACCUGUCCCAUGCGCCGCCCACAAAUAAGCUCUUUUUUCUACAGCUGUUGCCAAGUUGAGCAGGCUUUAUAGAAUGUUGGCAGAAAUCCCAUCCAAACAGCUCACCUCACUGAUUUAACUCUGCAUUUGUCCUUGCUUUUUUUUCCUUCAUUACCUUAAAACAGUUUUAAUCUGGCACGUUGGAGUCACAGACUCGUGUUGGCUUGGGUCGAGUUCUUACUCAGCACUUGAUGCAGUUCGGGUCAGGUUUGGGUCGAGUGCUUACUCAGAACUUGACGUGGUUUGGGUCAGGCUUGGGUUGGGGUCUUACUCAGUACUUGAUGCGGGUCCGGUCAGGUUUUGGUUGGGUUCUUACUCAGAACUUGAUGCGGUUCGGGUCAGGUUUUGGUUGGGUUCUUACUCAGAACUUGAUGCGGUUCGGGUCAGGUUUGGGUCGAGUGCUUACUUAGAACUUGACGUGGUUUGGGUCAGGCUUGGGUCGAGUUCUUACUCAGAGCUUGAUGUGGUUUGGGUCAGGCUUGGGUCGGGUUCUUACUCAGAACCUGAUGUAGUUUGGGUCAGGCUUGGGUCGGGUUCUUACUCAGAGCUUGAUGUAGUUUGGGUCAGGCUUGGGUCGGGUUCUUACUUAGAGCUUGAUGUGGUUCGGGUUCUUACCCAGAACUUGAUGCGGUUCGGGUGAGGCUUGGGUUGGGUUCUUGCUCAGAAUUUGAUGUGGUUUGGGUCAGGCCUGGGGUCAGGUUCUUACUCAGAACUUGAUGCGGUUCAGUUCAGGCUUGGGCCAGGUUCUUACUCAGAACCUGAUGCAUUUCGGGUCAGGCUUGGGCCGGGUUCUUACUCAAAACUUGAUGUGGUUUGGGUCAAGCGGUUUGGGUCAGGUUUUGGUCGGGUUCUUAGAACAUGAUGCGGUUUGGGUCAGGCUUGGGUCAGAAUUUGAUGCGGUUCAGGUGAGCCUUGGGUUGGUUUCUUGUUCAGAAUUUGAUGCGGUACCGUUCAGGCUUGGGCCAGGUUCUUACUCAGAACUUGAUGCAUUUCAAGUCAGGUUUGGAUCGGGUUUUUACUCAGAGCUUGAUGCGGUUUGGGUCAGGUUCUUACUCAGAACUUGAUGUAGUUUGGGUCAGGCACGGUUCAGGUUCUUACCCAGAAAUUGAUGUGGUUCAUGUCGAACUUGGGUAGGACCCAUCACCCAGAACUUAACAUGGUUGGUAUGUCUGUUCAGGUCAGGUUCAGAUUCACAAAUAAUGUGGUUUGGGUCAUGUUCAACUUUCGUUCACACUCAGAACCUGAAGAUGUUGGGUUAAUAGCCAAGACACAAUGAUGCAGUUCAGGUCUGGUUCAUAGUCAAAACGUGAUGUGAUUUGGAUCAAGUCAGGCUCAGACAGAAAGUUCUGGGGGGUGUAUUCGGGUUUGGAAUGAAGCUCUAUUGCGUGCUACAGUUUCUCAUUAGGGCGAAUGGGAUUUUUACCAGCGUUCUGUAAAGCUUGUUUAAUGUAGCAACUGCUGUAAUGAAAGAAUGGAUAUGUGGGCAGAGCAUGGGUGGGCAGUUCCAGUCCUGGAGCUUGGCUGUUUUCCCUGCUCAAACUCACCUGAUACAACUCUUUAGUUAAUUACCAGGUUUAGUAGGUUUGUUAGAACAGAGAAACCAGAUUGCUGGACUCUGGGCCUCCAAGACCAGAACUGAUGACCCCUGCUUUAAUUCGUACACACUCGCACUACUACAACCCUCCCAUUCUCACGAAGGCCUUUCCCUGUUCUCCUUCCCCAUAGUUCCCUCUAGCUUUUCUCCCCAGAUCUUAAUACAUGAUGUAUAUUAUUGUAUAAAGCGAAAGUAAAUGUUAUCAGACCAGCUGAUGCAUGUCACAGAAUUGUUUCUUACAACAUUUGCUAUUCAAAAGGCCAAAACAGAUGGAUGAUGGUCACAGUGGUGGUCAUUUUAAAUUCGUUCCAAUUGACAGUUUUGAUUAAAAACGUUUCGGAGGACAGAUCAUGUUUGUUAGCUACACCCUAAUGUUUGUAAUAGUAGGUGACAGCGUGACUGCAACCGCAGAACAUCAUUCGCUUACUGUAUUUAAUAGAUGGUAAUUCUCUCUGUCCAGCUCUAUAUUAGGGUCCCUGCUGGCAAAACAUUUACAUACAAGAACUAAUAUAUAAAACAAAAUAUCUGCAUACUGUAAAACUCUGACAACAACAAUGCUAAAACAGCAUUUGCUGGGUGUAUAUUAAGUAAUUUGCCACUUCGUGGAUAAAUUGAGAUGCGAAUGAGUGGUACGAAUAAAUGAAUAAUCAUGAUAUGGGACUCCUGAGAUCAAGUUGGACAGCACAAGAUGUUUCAGAAAGCUGACUGUGUAGAGGCUUUGUGUUUAUUCCGGACAAAGUACAAUGUGAUAGGAGAGGUGCCAAAGCUUUCUUUGCUGUCACUUUAUUAGUCCUGCUUUUAGCCGCCUGCAGGGGGCGCACCACAGAACUACCAACAUUUAGCGCUCUUUUAUUUUUAGCUUAUAAUAGGUUUAAAGCAGGGAUGCACAACAUGGGUCAGGAGUCCAGUGAUGCCUCUGUAGCUAGGCUGUGAGUGAAAUGGCUGUUACAGGAAUGUAAUUAUAGUCCUACAUUACAUUAACAGUACAUAAACAGUACAUUGUUUAUCAUACUUUAAUCGUAAGUUGUUGCUAGGCUGUUGCUAGGCC